AUGAAGCUCCUUCUUCUGUUGGUGUCCAUUGGGCUAUGCUCAGCCCAGUUCAAUCCCAACACUAGAGCAGGACGCACAUCUAUCGUCCACUUAUUUGAAUGGAAAUGGGAUGACAUUGCAGCAGAGUGUGAAAGAUACUUGGGACCCAAUGGAUUUGGAGGAAUACAGAUUUCCCCACCAAAUGAGAAUAUUGUUCUUUCAAAUCCAUGGAGACCUUGGUAUGAAAGGUACCAGCCAAUCAGCUACAAACUCUGCUCUCGCUCUGGUAAUGAGCAACAGUUCAGAAGCAUGGUGACUAGAUGUAACAAUGUUGGGGUGUAUAUCUAUGUGGAUGCUAUCAUCAAUCACAUGUGCGGCGCUGGCGGUGGUGCAGGUACCCAUUCAACCUGUGGCAGCUAUUUUAAUGCUGGUACAAAAGAUUUUUCUGGUGUGCCUUAUUCUAACUUGGACUUUAACGAUGGCAAGUGCUACACUGGUAGUGGAGAAAUUGAAAACUAUGGUGAUGCUAAUCAGGUCAGAAACUGCCGUCUUGUUGGUCUUCUUGAUCUUGCUUUGGAAAAGGACUAUGUUCGCGGGAAGAUUGCUGGCUUUUUGAACAAUCUUAUUAGCAUUGGUGUAGCUGGCUUUAGAUUUGAUGCUGCCAAACAUAUGUGGCCUGGAGACCUCCUGGCUAUCCGUGACAGAUUGAACAAUCUCAACACACAAUGGUUUCCUUCUGGAACCAGACCCUUUAUCUUCCAGGAGGUCAUUGAUCUUGGAGGUGAAGCCAUUUCAUUCAGUCAAUACACUGGAGUUGGAAGAGUCACAGAAUUUAAAUAUGGUGCUAAGCUUGGAACAGUUAUCCGCAAGUGGAAUGGUGAGAAGCUGUCUUAUUUGAAGAACUGGGGAGAAGGAUGGGGUUUUAUGGCUUCCGACAGAGCCUUGGUUUUUGUAGACAAUCACGAUAACCAGCGAGGGCAUGGUGCCGGAGGAGGCUCUAUUCUGACCUUUUUUGAUGCCCGUCUUUACAAGAUGGGAGUUGGCUUCAUGUUGGCUCAUCCCUAUGGAUUUACACGUGUUAUGUCAAGUUACAGAUGGACUAGAAACUGGGUCAAUGGCAAGGACGUCAAUGACUGGAUUGGACCACCAAGCUACUCUGAUGGUAGCACAAAGCCUGUCACCAUCAAUGCUGAUGGCACUUGUGGUAAUGACUGGGUCUGUGAACACAGAUGGCGCCAGAUUAAGAACAUGGUUAUUUUCCGUAAUACGGUAGAUGGACAACCUUUCUCCAACUGGUGGGAUAACGGAAGCAAUCAAGUUGCAUUUGGACGUGGAAACAGAGGAUUCAUUGUCUUUAACAAUGACGACUGGUACAUGGAUGUCACACUGAACACUGGUCUCCCAGCUGGAACUUACUGUGAUGUGAUCUCUGGACAAAAGGAGGGUACUCGCUGCACUGGUAGACAGAUCACUGUGGGUAGCAAUGGCUCUGCUCGCUUCCAGAUCAGCAACACUGAUGAAGACCCCUUUGCAGCCAUUCAUGUUAAUUCCAAAUUGUAACAUUUCAUAAAAAAAAAUAAAAAAUCUGUAGA